AUGGACAUGCGCGCCCUAUCCCGCAGCCUCCUCCGGUCGAGGCCAACAACAUCGAUCCUCUACAAGAACCAGCUCCCAGCAGCACGAAUUGGCCUGCGCUUCUCCUCGGAAUCUUCCUCCCCAUCCAACAAGAACAACAACACCACACAAUCCCCUGCUCGCCAAACACAACAACCCUCCUCAACCUCCACACCAACCCAAAAGCCCACCGACUUCGACCAAAUCCUCAACAAGCUCAACUUCAACAACACCACCACCACUACCACUCCCACCCCCGCUGCUGCCUCCGGCACCACCACUACCCGCGCCUUCAACGACAGCCUCUCCCUCUCCCGCGCGGUAGGCCUCUCCGCCGAGACCGACAGCCUGCGGACCGCUACAUCCCUGCGCAAGAUCGAUCUGAAGCUUGGUCCGACGCUGGGAAGACAGGUGACGGUUGAGCCGGAACGGGGGAUGGAUUUGCCUGCGGCGUUGAGGUCCCUGGGCACGGUUAUUUCGCAGAAUAAGAUGAGGCAGUCGUUGGCGAAGCAGAAGUUUCAUGUUAGGAAGGGUAUGGUUAGGAAGCAGUUGCGCAUGAAGCGGUGGAGGAACUUGUUCAAGUAUUCGUUUGGGGCGACGGUUAAGAGGAUUCAGAAGAUUAGAGGGCAGGGGUGGUAA